UUUUGGCAGUUACGAUCAUGGAAACAGCAAUGUCUGCUUUGUCUAUGCUUUCAUUUACGAGUGUGAAAACUAGGAGCACAGUUACACGAAAUUGUCCAAUAAUUCACAGAAAAAGUUGUGAUCUUUGGGUAAAGAAUGCAAGCAGAAGAACAAGGGUGGGUGCUGUGAAUGUUGAUGAUGUAACCUCGGUGCUUGAUCCGGUUCCAGUGGAAGUUACCUGGCAAAUUGUGGUUGGUGCUAUAGCUGGGGUUACACCUUUUGUGGUGGCAGGAAUUGAAUUUAACAAGAGAAUUAUAGCUCAAAGAAGGUGUGAGAAGUGUGGAGGGUCAGGGCUUGUUUUAAGGGAAAAGGAGUAUUUCCGUUGCCCAGAAUGUGGUGGGUUUCUUCCUUGGCAGUCCUGGAAAAGAUUCUUUUCCGGUUAAUUUCUACAGCAUUGUACAAAACAAACAUACUUCAACGAUGACAACUUUAUAAUAGCACAGAUUCUAUGUUUGUGGGAACAUUCUCCAUUAUACACAACUUUAUUAGCAAUUAUCACCAACUAUAAAAUUUAUUGGAAAGAUCAAUGUUAUUUCUUGAGAGAGAUAGUAUUUGUUACCUUAUUA